AUGACUGCCUCACCGAGGAUGGUACUUCUCUUCAUGUUGUUCCUUCAAUAUUUUAUUCAAUGUGUACCUGCCAAUUACCAUUGUGAUGCUCAGUACAACAGAUAUCCAGAUAACCGAGAUAUCUCCAUUGAUUGUGGUGUUCAUCUGAUCAACCUAUCCAUUAACCUUUGCCCAUCACUCUUUGCUGGCUUCGAUCCUCUGACCCUUGCACUGAAUGGCCGAUAUAAUGACACCAAGUGUAAGGGGAGAUUGGAUGACUCAGCCACGCCUCCAAUGAUUCGAUAUUCUCUCACUGUUAAUAAUGUUGACUUCAACAACUGUGGCAAUAAUUUCAAAAUUGUUGACGAGGAUCCAGGAACUGGAACGUUGGCCCAGUUUUCCAAUAUCCAGUCCGUUGUCAUCUCUGGUUUUAUAGAUCCCUCAAAUGAUCAUACUAUGAUGAUCAGUUACAACCCUAGGCUGUACUAUAAAUUCUCCUGCAAGUACCCUCUUGAAUAUAUCUUUAACAACACAAGGCUCAUAACGUCUUCCAUUUCUAUUGCAGUGGCCACAAGCAAUAGCAGUUUCAGCAGCACUCUUGCCUUGCAGCUAUACGAUGAUCAAGAUUAUACUUUGCCACUGAUUGUCCCUGACACCGGCCUUCCACUCCGAUACAAAGUUUAUGUUGAAGUCAGCAUCAGUAAUCUAACUGCAAACUUUAAUGUCCUCCUGGAUCACUGUUUUGCCACACCGUCACCAUUUAAUCUCUCCUUUCUUGACACUGGAUACACCUUCUUCACUGGGUGCAACAUUAGCCCUCGCACAGCUAUCAUCAGAAAUGGAAUCAGCAAGAAAUCCUGGUUUGUCUUUGACACAUUCCGGUUUAAUGAGCAUAGGGACAGGAAGCUCUCUACUAUCUACGUACAUUGCGUAACCAGGCUUUGUGAGGCCAAAACCUGUCAGACCUCACUACAAGGCUGCUAUGGUCAUGGAAGAAAGAGGCGAAGGCGAGAAAUGCUCAACUAUGAAAAAAUGACAACACAAACCUUCACAGUUUCAUCUGGACCCAUUUACACCAGGGAAGGAGGUACAGGUCAGCUGGCAGAAAUUAAACUGCUUCUAACUGGUUCUGCUUUGCGUAUGAAACUCUGGAUUCUGCCUGAUCUGCAUUAUCCUGGAAUGACAUGCAAAUAG